GUGAGCGGACGGACAGCUCAUCCGGUCUGGUUGACGGAACGUAGAAGUGUUGAAAAAGUUGUCUUGCACAUGUAAACGUAUUGUCCUUUAAGAUAAAUAUUCAAAGCGUUUUUUUCUAUCAGGCAAAUGUCUAUUGAUUUGCCGACAUUAAACAAUCGAGAGAAAAAAGGUCAACGUUCAGCGUACUUACCCGCUUGCAACUGUAUAGAUCAGCAUGGCUUCGUCGACGUAACAUGUAACAGUGUUUUUCAACAGUUACAUACUCUUUAAACAUUCAGUUCUUGGAUUUCCUUGCAUGAAUGUAAACGCACCACUCCUAGAUGAUGAUACAUUAGGCUUUGGAGAAGAAGAAGAACCAAGAAACGGGAAAAAAUUAACACAUCCAUUUGUUACAUUUUUCCAUUUAUUGUUUCGAGUGUCUGCUGUUUUAGUAUAUUUAUUGUGCAAUUGGUUUAAAAUAAGUUUUAUAACAAGUUUUGUAACAGUAGUAUUACUGCUGUCAAUGGAUUUCUGGACAGUAAAAAACAUUACAGGACGAUUGAUGGUGGGCCUUCGGUGGUGGAAUUAUGUUGAUGAUGAUGGAAAAUCACAUUGGGUUUUUGAAGCACGAAAGGGAAACCAGCAGAAUAGAAUCAACCCUUCUGAAUCCCAGAUCUUCUGGUUGGCAUUAAUUUUAUGUCCAUUGCUGUGGUGUAUCCUUUUCCUGACUGCUCUUGUAGGAUUAUCCUUUACAUGGGUGUUGCUAGUAUGUAUUGCUCUAGUUCUGAAUGGAGCAAAUUUAUAUGGCUAUGUGAAAUGCAAGAUGGGCAGCAAUCAAUCCAUUAGCCGCUCUUUAUCUGAUAUGACGUCUGAUUUUUUCCGGAAGCAAGUUAUUCAAAAUAUGUCUUCAAUGAUGAGAUCUAGUCAACAACAGCCAAGCACACCUGCCCAACCAAAUAUAAUUUGAUCUAGGACUCUCUUCAGCCAUAACAAUAAAUUAAGUGUAAUACAUUUAGUUGAAUAAACCUUCACCUUUUCUUUCUAUUUCCUCAUCAAUUUUUUAAAGUUAGAAAUGAGAAAAAUAAUUUUGUUGUUUAUAUUCAUUGUUAAACCUUUUUAAUUUGUGUACAGCCUUAUUGCUUACAAUCGGAAUGAAUGAAUGAAUGAACGUGUGAAAUGAAGUUAAUGAAUAAAUUAUUUAUAGAAUUCCAAUGUUUGAGUAA